GCCAGCGCAAAAACCGAACGUGAGCGCGGUUAUAUUUAGGCGUGCGUCAUCUAACACCGAGUGUAGCUGCAGCGAUCGAGAAACUAACACCGACAGACAGACAUGGAAGUGGCGGAACAAUGGCGCAAGCAGUGGGCAGGCUCUGCGGAAUACGGGAAGGUGACAGAAGGCGGUGUGACCCGCAGAGUCGCCCGCGCCAUGGAAGUUCUGCACGCAAGCGCGCCGGGUGCACGCGUGCGCGUCAUGCGCGCUGCGUACCACUCCUCUGCCGGCCCGGGCGUACCCGCCUCGUCCUACUUGAUGCAAUCCUCCAGACAGGUCUUAUCGUCCGGGUAUAACUUCUUGGAACCUACUCUAACAUUAUCGAAACCCUUGGAAAUAUCCUCAACACCGCUAGAGUCGUUGCCGGAUAGUGAAGUUGAGAGAGAAAAUUACAAAGUGACUGAGCCAGACGAUUACGAUAUAUCUGAACCGUCCAAAUGGAGACGUUCUUCAGCAAAUAAUUCAAUUCGAAUGCCUAGUGAAGAGUCAUCGUCAGCAGAUAAUGCAAGUAUUAUUGAUCUCGAUUCAAGGCCUAACGGAACGUUUAAAAAAACUUUACAAAGUAAACAAAGUGAUGAUAAAAAUAGAAUCCAUAUUAUUAACACUAGGGUUUCGCCAUUAUUAGACGCGCCAGUAGCAUUGAGUACUCUUAAAUAUACAUCCAUUUUAAACAGCACUGAUGAAUGGAACAGUAGAAGAAAAAGUUACAGUUUCGAAGAUACGUCGCCGCUAGAUCACAAUGUAUUACCUCAAAAUAACUCUUAUACCAUAGACUCAUCUACAGAUAGUGGUAUAUGUAAAUCUUCAGAAAUAGUUGACGAAUCAUUGAAUAGUCUCAUCAAUACAAAACACAUCGUAAGUGGUGAAAAAAGUCGUGCAGAUGAGUCAUUUAAGCAGUGGCUUUCAAGAAAUAGGUCGAAUUCUUAUAGAGAUACCAGUAUGACUCCACCGAGAAGUUACCGUGCACCGGGGUCUCAACCAACUGAUGGCAAUAUAACUUUACAAUCUUCAGGCAAAGUGUCUAUUACUUUGCCGUUUGAAACCCAAACCAACGAGAAAACAGAAAGGACAAUUUUUAUUGAUGACGGUGACCGUAGAACAAAAAGGGUCGAAUUCUGCAAAACAGAACUGCAUUUUGCUGCAGAUAGCGGAACUGUUAACAUAAUAGCAACUGAUGAAAAGCCACCACCUUCAACUGACUUUAGAAGAAGACGUAGUGCCUUUGUCCCCUUGAACAACAAAGUCGACAGAUCCAUAACACUGUUUGGGGAGAAGUCUGAAUUUUCAGAGAUAAACACCAAUCAAGGCUUUUCGAAUACUGAGUGUGGGGAAAUCGAUGAGAAUACAGCAGCUACAAAAAGUAUUCUCAAAAACAAAAUUCCGAAACCCAAGCCAUAUCUUCUUGGCGAGAACAUGGUACUUGGGAUUUCUAGUGUUGACACUAAUAGCCUAGAAUUAGAUAGAAGCUUGACAAAGACAACUGCAGUUUCUCUUAUAAACAGUCAAUUGCUAUCAGAGAGACGAUAUAGUAACGAAACUAUUUCCAGCAGUUUGAGCGACUUAGAUUCAACGUUACUGACAAACAACACUCAUAGGACAGGAAGUAAAGGUCCACAAGAACGCCAAAGCAAACAAGCAAACAAGAUAUGCAACACUAUUCCAAUAAAGAUUCUAGAUAAAAAAUCACUGAAAAAAAAAGUUUUACCUGUAUCGUCAGAAGUGAGUAAAACUAAAAUAAGAGAACUUAGAGAAAGGGAUUUACCAUACUUUGGAAUUGAAAAGAAUGAAAACUGUAAACAUAUUCAGAGUGAAGAUUACCUCCAAGAAGAAAUAUUUCAUUCUGUCAAAUUAGUGCAACAAGUGUCUAAUAGCGUUUGUAACAGUGAAGCGGAAUCUGAUGACGCCCUGGAGUAUCAAAAUAUUCCCACAAAAUAUAAUAUGAACAAAGUUCCUACUCCAAGUCCACGAUCUAAAUACUACAAAGAGACCAGCUCAUUAGGUGAACAAAGAGUUUUAAAACCAAUCAGUGAACAAAGCGCCGAACAGUCAAUUUUCUCAGAAUUUCGAAAUAAUAGUUUAAAAAGACAUAAAGACCCAUUGAAACAUCAAUCAAACAAGAAUCAUAUCAAAAUCGAAUCAAGCAACAUUAAAGAAAAACAAUUAAGGCAAAAAGAUUCUAAAAUCAUUGCAAGAAACAAUUUAAUUUCAUCUGGAAAAGCUGCCAACAAUGCUUUAAAAAGUACAAAAGGAAACAAAGAAAAUCAAACUUCUAACUUUAUACAAGAUACAACAUCGCGUGAUACAGAAACGCCUCUUUAUGCAAAUGUAAACUUUAAGGAAAGAAAAGAAAAAAUAGAUCCUACUUUGGAAGAUACAAGCCUUAAGGCGGUUCGGUUGCGAACUUCCAUAAAUAAGGAUCGGAAAGCAAAUAAACAUGAAACCAAAACAAAAAGUGGAUCUCCGGUUAAAAAAUAUGAUAAUAUAUCUAACCCCAGCGAUAUCAUACACUAUGGAAAUAUGGAUAAGAAAUAUGAAAUAAAACUAGAAAACCAACAACUUUCUUUAAAAAAACCAACACCAAGACGGACUGAAAAACUAAUAACACCAGACUUAAUAAUACGUGGAAAUAGCUCUGAAAAAUCUCCUCAAAAUGUUAAAAAAGUUAUACAGAGAAACGAUUCAUUAAAAAGAAAUAGUUACCAAAACUCAACGAAAGUUAUUUUAGAAGAUAAAAAUGCACUAAAUAAAAGAAACAUACCUAAAAAAGAGAAAGACACUGUAAAAGCUCUCAAUAAUCAGUCUACAGCUACAACAAAUGAGAAUAAGUCUCCUUCAAAAUCAAGCCGGGAUAUCUUUAUACCUCAAAAAGUAGAUAAGAUGCCCGAUACAAAGUUGGACAAGUCAACAAAGCCCAAACGCAGCAAAUAUGUAAUAAACUAUGAUGACAAAAACGGGACAUUUUCAUCUAUUUGUAAAAUUAAAAAAGGGCCUGGUACGUAUAAAAGAAAAGUUAUGGCAAUUGAAAAUAAAAAUUGUCAAGAAUCUGACAAGAAAGAGAAAAGUUUAAACAAAAUAGCUUUACUCCACCUUCGCGAACGAUAUUGGAAUACAUUCAAUCGGGACUCGACAAGCAGGAAAAGGAAGGCAAACGCACAUGUACAAAGAUCUUGCCAGCUAUUAUAAGCAUUAGUUGUCGAGGUUAAGGUGAUUACCUCUUAAUUAAUUUUGGAAGUAGGAAACUAUUGUAAAAGGCUUACGUUGUGUUAAAUAAUAAAAAUUAAUUAAGAAGACAUUGAUCUCACAAUAAUUCACAAUCGACUAUUUGAAAUAAUGUAAUACUUUGCUAAUUAACACUGCUAUUGAGUAACGUAUU